AAUGAGUGGUAAAGAUUUCUCAUAAUUUCUCUAAAACAAAGAAAAUUAAUCAAUCUAGGACACUGUUAAAAAAAGCAUUGAUCCAAAUCUUUUCAUCAAUGAAUAAACCCUUAAAUAAAUAGAGGCAGAAACUAACAAGCAUUUUUGGAUUAAUUACUUUACUUAAUCAAUAGUUACAACAUUGGUUGCACCAUUGACUACAAUUUAUACAUCUUUACAACUCUCAGUCAUACCUCAUUAAAAUAAAUAUGGAGAUUUACCAGAAGAAUCAGGUACAAAAACAUCGACAUAAUUGGUUAAAACAACAAGAGAUAUCUAACCUCAUGAAAAAAGAAAAUUUGAGUUACUAAUAAAGAGUGGUGCAGUUGGAAGUAAUAAACCAUUUAGAGCUCCCAUCUAUACUACUUAUAGAGAAGCAGUUCAAGGAUUAAAAAAUUAAGGUUGGUAGGCUUUCUUUAAAGGAAAUUUGAUUGGCAUUAUUCAUUUAUUGACUAAUAGUCAUUUGAAGAUUAAAUUAUUAUCUGAUUUAGAUUUUAAAUUAGGAGUUAUGUGGCAUGAAGGAAAUUAAUUAUUACGUUAAGCUACUAUUCUAGCAUUGGCAACUAUUUCUGAUGUUCUCAGUAAUCCAUUUAUGCUAUUUUAAUCAAGAUUUAUAUUGUAAAAUAGAUUGCCUAAUUUUUAUUUGUAUAAGAAUUUAUUGAGUGCAUUUAAAAAGCAUGUUAGACAUAAAAAAGAGUACUUUUAAGGAUCUGCCACUUAUUUGUAUAAAAAUUGUUUAAUAUUUUUUGUUUAAGUGCCUAUAUAAUUCUCUAAAAAAUUAGAAUAAUUUUAGAUGCUCUAUUUAUACCUUUCUUAUAAUUUUAUAUCUUAUCCUUUUCUUACUAUUUUGAGAAGAUUGCAUUGUUAGGUAAUAAAAUAUAUAUAAUAAUAACUUUAGUCUACAUUGCCUGGUAUGAUUCCAAUAAGGUAUUCUGGUCCUAUUCAUGCUUUGAGAUUAAUUACCUAAGAAGAAGGAAUUAAAGGUUUAUAUAGAGGGUUUGGUUUAUAUUUGAUUGGAAGUGGUUUAUUACAAUAUGCAAUGUAUGGAACUUAAAUAGAUCAGGGAGAUUUUUGA